AUGGCAGGCUCCGGCACCAAAUUCACUCCUCCUCCUUCGCCGCCGUCACCAACGGCGUCCUUCUACGAUGUUAGCGACGCCGAGGAGGAUGAAUACAAUAGUAUCUCCUCCACGUCAGGGAGAGGUGUGAAGCUUUUAUAUUCCAAGAGCAAGGUAUACGUCCAUCCGACGCCCUCCUCCAAGGACAAUAUACCUGGCUUUAUCGCUCUGCUCCAACAAAAACCCGCUCCUACUGUGAGCAGCAAUGCCGCAUCAACAAACACCGCUAAGACCACCGGCGACCUCUCUUCCUACCUCCUUGCCUGGGUCCCCGAAUCCUCCCUCGGCGACGCCUACAGUACCUAUGUCAAAGUCGACCUGUCUGAUAACUCUUCACCACCGAAGCAACGAUAUCUAGUGCCACCGCUCCCGACUACAACCACAUAUAAAGAUCCGAUAGGUCUAUAUGCGUUCGCCGUACCGCUAUCCGAAAUUUUUUCGCUGCUAGUGCGACCUCCUAGCUUGGGUUGGUGGUUCGGUAGCCUGGUGAUCAAUACCCGCUCUGGUGAUAGUUUCCCGGCGUUGUUCUUUCACGAUAGUGAGUGCGAAUCAACGAUACUGCAGAAGAAACGAAGAACAAGGGAAAGUUUCGACCCGUUCGAUGAAAGUGGUGGCCUAUUCUKGGGCGGUGACGAGGUUCUGCGGUGGCUCCGGAAAUAUGUUGAGGUGCAGCGCUCUUCUGUCGACAGCAGUGUCUACCUUAUCAAUCCCUCCGAAGAGGACCGCAUAUCCUUCGCACGGCCACUCAGCAGUUAUGACGGAUCAGUGACGAAGCAAGGGCACGAACCAGCUGCUGGCCCACAUCAACCCGCUGGCAGUGUAGAACGGGACGCCGGAAUGGAUCCCUUUGUGAAAGCACUCAAGGAGACUAGAUGGAAGGUCCUUGAGCAGCUCAGCAAGAUUACCACAUUCACAAGGCGGACGGCGAACGAACUCGCCGACAACACCAUGAUACCUCCGCAGGUCCGUCGUCUGAUGAAGACUCCCGAGAUUCAGACCUUGCAGGAUGAGUUCGAUAGCGCCAGACUCUACUUGGCUCGAUGGGCCAUGAGCAUUGCUGAGCAGAGCGAACGAGAGAGGUCCCAGCGCAUAUGGACUGCGCGGGAUGUUCUGGAAAUGGAAAAUAGCUCGGUGGGUGAUUUUGAGAUUUUGGAGCUUGAGACGGGAACAAUGGCCAUUCAAGAACGACGCAAAACUGUCACUAUGCAGGAAUGGGAGGGCUUCUUUGAUACCACUACGGGAAGGCUCAACGUUACUGUAGACGAAGUGAAGGAGAGGAUUUUCCACGGAGGCCUUGACCCAAAUGAUGGGGUCAGAAAGGAAGCAUGGCUUUUCCUUCUCGGAGUGUACCCUUGGGACAGCAGCCGCGACGAGCGUCAAGCUCUGAUGAAUUCCAAACGGGAUGAAUACAUCCGGCUGAAGGGUGCCUGGUGGGAGAGAAUGGUUGAGGGGUCUACGACUACCGAGCAGUACGAGUGGUGGAAAGAGCAGAAAAACCGAAUAGAAAAAGACGUGCAUCGUACAGAUCGCACGAUACCUCUCUUUGCAGGAGAAGAUAUCCCUCAUCCCGAUCCAGACUCUCCCUUCGCGGACGUAGGGACGAACGUACAUCUAGAGCAGAUGAAGGACAUGCUUCUCACAUACAACGAACACAAUCCUGACCUGGGCUACGUCCAAGGAAUGAGUGACCUCUUAGCACCAAUUUACGCGGUCAUGCAAGACGAUGCAGUCGCAUUCUGGGCCUUUGUUGGAUUCAUGGACAGAAUGGAACGGAAUUUCCUUCGCGAUCAGUCCGGCAUGCGUGCCCAGCUCCUCACCCUAGAUCACCUGGUACAACUUAUGGACCCCCAGCUAUACCUCCAUCUCCAAUCCGCCGACAGCACGAACUUCUUCUUCUUUUUCCGGAUGCUUCUUGUCUGGUACAAACGCGAGUUCGAAUGGGUAAACGUCCUACGUCUCUGGGAGACAUUGUGGACCGACUAUUUCUCCAGCAGCUUCCACCUCUUCAUCGCGUUAGCAAUCCUAGAGAAACACCGCGACGUAAUUAUGGACCAUCUCAAACAUUUUGAUGAAGUUCUUAAAUACGUCAACGAGCUGUCAAACACCAUGGAGCUCGUCCCCAUCCUCACCCGCGCAGAAUCCCUUUUUCGUCGCUUCGAACGCACAGUUGAAGCAAUAGACAAGAAGAAUAACUUCCCCGUUCCAUCAGCCCAUCAACGAAAACCCACGCAGGAAUCUGCUUCGAACAAGGGCAAGUCGCCGCAACGACCACAGAGUGUCGGUUACAGUAGCGGUGUCAGUGCCGGUUCGGCGAGUAGUAGUGCUGCCGGAAAUAAUGCCGAGUCCAAGGUUAUUUCUCCCGAAUUGAGGCAGCUUCUGAGCAAGGAGAUUCUGUGGAAACAGCCACAUCCGUCCAGCUCACAGUGA